UAGAUCGAUAUUGAUCCUCAGCUACUUUGUAUUGAUGGCUGGCUUCUACUUGACUCCUCCAUCCGCUUCCCAUAGCGUUUUAGACGGAAGUCCUACGCUUAUGAGAUCCUAGAAAAGAACUCUUCCCAUCCCAUUUUGAUGCAACACAAAUUCUGUAGAAAAGAAUACAAAUUCAAAUAAUUAAAUCAAAACACCAUAGGGUUAAAAAUGCAUUUAGCAGGAACCUCCUGGCUUUUGCUAAAUAUGCGCGUCUUGUCAAUCAAUCAAACCUCUCUCCUUGAUCCUCCCCCCUCAUCUUCAGGGCAACAAAAUGAAACAAUGGGUGGAUGAGACCAACCAUCUAAAUUAAUUGCUCGUAUUUUCCACUGAUAUUGGAAGGCUGAAUUCGAUGCAUUCCUCUUCUUGUUCUUAGUCUUGUUGAUCGGAGCAGCGACUGUGUUGCCUUAAGAUGGAUUCUAACUCGACAGUCGAAGCAAGUAAACCAGACAUAUGCGGCCUGCCGAAUCCCACAGAGGAGUCGAUUGUCUCGGCACUGCAUAUGCGAUUCAAGCGAGACUUGCCUUACACUCGUAUUGGAGCACAUCAUCUCAUUGUUGUAAACACUUACAAAGCCGUGGAGAGUGUGAACGACGCCUCUCUUACACAGUACGCCGCCACCGUCUACCGUGACCUCGACACUACCGAUCCACCUCAGCUUCAACCUCACAUCUAUGAUUUAGCCGCUCGUGUGUACUACCAAUUGAGAAGAGCAAGCGAAGACCAAAGUAUUGUGCUGAGCGGUGUUACAGGGUCUGGAAAAACCACUAGUCAAGGUCAUCUUCUGAAGCAGCUUCUUCAACUGUCAAGUCACAGUAAGAAAGCAUUGAAAUUGCAAAAGCAAAUUGUCAAUGCGCAAACCAUUUUGCAACAGUUCGGAUCGGCUAGAACGGUUCAGAAUACUUCUGCUUCUGGGUUUGGCCAGUUUCAGGAACUUCAGUAUAACGAGCGUGGCAGAAUCAUUGGUUUGAAAACCAUGACUUACAACCUGGAUCGCUCAAGACUGACCCAGGUGCCACAAAACGAACGUAACUUUCAUGUAUUUUACUCUCUUUUGUCUGGAACAAGCACAGAAGAACGUACAGCUCUCCGAAUCAAUCAUGCACCAGAGUAUUUUGCCUACUUGAGCCAGACCCGAAACACAAAGGUAAUUGACGCAGGCGAUCAAAUUGCAUUUGGCGACCUCAAGGCUGCGUUGAAGGUGUGUGGAUUUAAGUCGAAAACCGUCACCCAGCUUUUCCAAGUUUUGGCAGCCAUUUUACACCUUGGCAAUUUGCAAUUUGUCGACCCUGCCUCUGAUGCUCAAGACUCUUGUUCAGUAAAGAAUACAGAGGAAUUGGACAUAAUCGCUGGCAUUUUAGGUGUAUCGCCGUCCAAAUUGGAGUCCACCAUCACGUACCACCUUCGCUACGUCGGAAAGGAGCUAUGCACGGCAUUCUUGAACGCUCAAGCUGCUGCGCAACAACGAGAUGCCAUUUCCAGAGCAAUGUAUGGAGCAAUAUUCAACUGGAUUGUUGAGACGAUCAACACAAAGCUAUGUUGCCCAGAGGAAGAAGUGUGCAAUUUUGUUGGCAUAUUGGACCAAUUUGGGUUUCAAAAUUUUAAAUCCAAUCGAUUCGAACACUUCACCGUCAAUGUUGCAAACGAGGCCAUCAAUAAUUUCUUAGCGCAGGAACAGCCACGAGAGAGGUUGAUGGCCGAAGACGGUGUAUCUAUGCCUACCAUUACUCCUCCUGCUAGCGGCAAUUGUAUGGCACUUCUCACUGGAAGCGCUACUGGCGUUCCUCGUACUAUUGGAGGACUCAUUGGCACCAUCGACAAAGAAUCAAAACGAUACCUUGUUAACGAGACCGAUGCGACAGACGCCAAUCUUUUGGGUUUGCUUGACAAAUUGUAUAGCUCCCAUGUUGGUUACGCCAAGUCCAGCCAAACUUUUACAUUCGGCAUCAAUCAUUAUUCCGAACCAGUCUACUACUCCAUCGACUCGUUUCUUGAGAAAAACACGGACAACGUGUCUCCUGAUUUCAUCAAUCUCCUUCGAUCCAGCAGUUCUAAUGACUUCGUUCUCAAUUUGUUUCAAAACGACAACCUGGCUACAAAGUCACAUCCGCAUGACGAUAGGACCAUCAUCAAGGCUCAGCUUCCCACCAGAUCCAUGAGAGCACCGUCCAUGAAACGACCAACCAUUGAGAUAGAUGAAACGAAUGACAAACCCAAGGAUAAAAUAGAAAGUCCACAGGCUGAAGACAGAGAGGCCACAAGCAUGACAAGCGCUUUAGAUCAACUUGGUGAAACGCUUUCUAGUUUAAUUACCUCAAUUGAAGGAACACGCAUCUAUAAAGUUCUUCAUAUCCGUCCAAAUGACCUUCAAGCUCCUGACCAGUUCAAUAUAAGCAAGGUCAAAAUGCAAGUUCGUGGUCUCCAAAUUCUCGAUUUACACACUCGUUGCUCCGUCAAUUACUCGGUCAUGUAUCCCAUUCCUGAAUUCGUAUCGCAUUAUGCGUCACUUCCGUCCAUGACAACGGAUGGAACUGAGCGAGACCGCGUGACGCACCUGAUAGAACAGCACAAUUGGACGCAACAACAGGUAUUUGUUGGCAACGACAACGUCUGGUUAGAAUUUUAUGCAUGGAAAUCCAUUGAGGACACCAUACGUCGCCAAGAAAAAGAGUAUCGCUUGAAUCAGAAGGCUGCGGUUGUUGGCCACUCUCCUGCUGGCGGCUUCUUAUCACCCAACACAGCCAACAAUGGAAUGUCUCUUCUGCCACCUCAUCCUGACUUUCAUGAUGACAGGGGAAGUUACAUUGAGAGCGACGAUGAAGCAAAGAAGUACGAAGGUAGUCAAUGGGGAGAAGAAUCAGACUGGGGAGGCAAAGUUGCGGCGGAUGGGUAUGGGCCAAAUCUGGAUAUGAGCCAAAUGGUUGACGAUUACUCUCCAGUGCAACAAGAGCAGGUGGAAGAGGUGCCCAUCACCACCGUGCGUCUUUGGUGGGUCCGAUUUGUCUGGCUACUGACAUGGUGGAUCCCAAGUACAUUCCUCAAGUGGUGUGGUGGAAUGAAGCGUGAAGACGUUCGAAUGGCAUGGCGUGAAAAAGUGGUACUUUGCUUUUUGAUCUUCAUGUUUUCGGCUUCUACUUUGUUCUUCAUUGCUGUAUUUGGUGAACUGGUUUGUCCUGGUACGAAGUCACUUUAUUCGGUGCAGGAUGUUGCCAACCAUAAUCUACUCAAUGACUUUUACGUCAGUGUCCGUGGUAAAGUGUACGAUGUCACUAGAUUUGCUGUAACAGAUCACGGAACCACUGUCUAUGCGAGCACACAAUCCGCUAUGGAACCUCUUGCUGGUCAUGAUUUGUCUAGUUCAUUCCCUAUACCCUUGACCGCUGGAUGUCCUGGUUUAGUCACCGACGACACUAUCAAGAUUACACCAAAUGAAACAGCCAUCAUCUCCUCUUUUGUUCACCUUUCGGGCAACCAGCAACCCGACAUUCAUCUCGACAAAAUGAAGGACAAGAAUUGGAUCUGGGAUUAUUUCAUGCCUGUUAUGAAUUUAUACAAGAAAGGCGAUCUGGUUAUCCCUAUGAAGACCAUACAGGGUGAUUUCAACGGCUGGGGUAGAUUGAUUGUAUCUAUUAAUGACAAAGUUUACGAUAUAACGGACUACAUGAGCACAGCCAAGCUGUUUCCUUCUUACGCUCCCACCCAGCCCAACUAUCGGUUCCUAGAUCCAGUGGUGGAAACGAUAUUCACCAAGUUUGGAGGCACGGAUGCCACAGCCGAGUGGAACAAGUACAAGAAAUCCAUGACGCCAGAAAAGCUGGCUCAAAAUCAAAAUUGUCUUGAUAAUGUAUUUUACAUCGGAAGGCUGGAUUAUCGUGAUGAUGCAAGGUGUACAUUUACCAAUUACCUUCUCCUGGCCUUUGCGCUUGUGAUGUGUUUCGUCACGUUGAUCAAGUUCCUGGCGGCACUUCAGUUUGGCGGCGUACCUACUCCAGAGCAGUAUGACAAGUUCGUCAUCUGCCAAGUACCUUGUUAUACCGAAGACGAAGAAUCCAUUCGAAAGACCAUCAACUCCAUUACUGUCAUGGAAUAUGACGAUAAGCGAAAGCUCAUUUUCUUGAUUGCCGAUGGUAUGAUUAUGGGAAGCGGUAACGACAGACCUACGCCUCGUAUUGUCCUAGACAUCCUUGGACAUAAUCCCAAGUUAGACCCUGAACCUCUCAUGUUCAAAUCUAUUGGAGAAGGAAGUAAGCAGUUAAACUACGGCAAGGUGUACUCAGGAUUAUACGAGCAUGAAGGCCACGUUGUGCCCUAUGUUGUUGUGGUCAAGGUAGGCAAGGCAUCGGAACGGUCCAAGCCCGGUAACCGAGGAAAACGAGACUCUCAAAUUAUCUGCAUGAACUUCUUGAACAAAGUUCAUUUUGAAUCGGAAAUGACCCCACUGGAGUUGGAGAUGUACCAUCAGAUCAAGAACGUCAUUGGCGUAGAUCCAAGCUUUUACGAAUAUGUGCUCAUGAUCGACGCUGACACCGAAGUCAUGCCGGACGCCUUAACGAGAAUGAUAUCUUGCUUGCUUCAUGAUGGAAAGAUCAUUGGUAUAUGUGGCGAAACCAGUCUUGGUAACGAAGAUAAUAGCUGGACGACCAUGAUUCAAGUCUAUGAAUACUACAUAUCUCACCAUCUUUCCAAAGCCUUUGAAUCGCUUUUUGGCUCUGUCACUUGUCUACCUGGCUGUUUUUGCAUGUACAGAAUCAGGACCCCUAACAAGAACCUACCUCUCAUCAUAUCUCCCCAAGUCAUCCAAGAAUACUCGGAAAAUCAUGUUGAUACCUUGCACAAGAAAAAUUUGUUGCAUCUUGGUGAGGAUCGAUAUCUAACCACCCUCAUGAUGAAGCACUUUCCUCAGUACAAGAUGACGUUUACACCGCAUGCACAAUGUAAGACCAUUGCUCCUGACCGAUGGAGCGUUCUUCUAUCUCAACGCCGACGUUGGAUCAAUUCCACUAUCCACAACUUGCUGGAAUUAGUCUUACUGCCAGAACUAUGUGGAUUUUGUUGUUUCUCCAUGCGCUUCGUGGUCAUGAUCGACCUGGUCGGUACAUUAACGCUUCCUUCCUCCGUCAUCUACCUGGUUUACCUCGUCUAUGUGGUUAUAAGCAAAACAGGGCCGAUUCCACUGAUUGCUCUCUGUAUGUUGGCUGGUAUUUAUGGCUUACAGGCUUUGAUCUUCAUCAUAAAGCGACAGUGGCAACAUAUUGGAUGGAUGAUUAUCUAUAUUUUCGCCAUUCCUAUCUUCUCUUUCUUCAUCCCCAUUUAUGCUUUCUGGCAUUUUGACGAUUUCUCAUGGGGUAAUACCCGUGUGGUGGUGGGAGACAAAAAGAAACAGAUCAUUGUGGCCGACGAUGAGAAAUUCGAUGAAAAGAUGAUCCCCUUGAAGAAGUGGAGUACAUAUGAACAUGAAUUGUGGGAAGCAGGAUCAACUGGCUCCAAAGAAACUGAAAAAACAGGGUUGACAGCUCAUACUUAUCGCUCGUAUCAUACCCAAAUGUCGCAAGGAACCGAUUAUCGAAACCGACAAGGCCAAGACUUUGAUUAUUACCGUGAUUCCGUGAAAACUCACAAGAAAGGUAGACAGUCGAAUGCUGGCGCACAUAGCCCUUAUGCUGCGUCUUACGCCGGCUCAGAUUACUUGCAAAUGCCGCCGAAAGCCAUGUCUGUUCAUAGUUACGGAGGAGUUCCUGAUCACCUACUUGAUCCUCGGGGAAGUACUUACUCCAUUCCAGCCUUGAGCAAUCAUAGUAUCCACAGCUUGACCGGAGUGCCUACUGAUGCUGAAAUUGUUGCUGAAAUACGCAACAUCCUUGCCACUGCCAACCUUAUGACCGUGACCAAGAAGCAGGUGCGUGAACAGCUCUCGCUGUUCUUUGGAGUAGACUUGGCCAGCAAAAAGGAGUUUAUUAGUGUGACAAUUGAAAGUAUUCUUCAAGGCCGAAUGUAAAAAAUGAGAUAUAUAUCAGCCAAGAUCCCAUCCCAUCUUCCUAUACUGUGCUGUGAAUGUGUCAAAUUUGGCAGGCUUACACACGAUCUGCAUGUACCCAGUCCU